CUUUUAUAUUCAAACAUUCAUUGUCGAAAUUACUUCAUCCACUCGUAUGAAGAGAUGAAUUCAAACACUUCCUCUAACUUUACUCCCCAUACUAACGUUCUCAACACCCCCAAAUAGAAUUUCUUAAGUCGGUUAAGAAAUUCACACUUUUACUUCAACAACUUACACACCCACAGUUGCGCAAUAUUAAGUAUAACCAUUACAUCCAAGAUAAAGAAUCUAAGACGUAGUGUCAUUUGUCUCGAUCUUCCCGUAUACAUUGAAAUAUUAAUACAAUGUCUGGUUUCCCUGGCGAUAUACCAGAGUAUGACUUUACUACUGAUUCGGGUCAUCAAUAUCCGGACCCGGAAGCAAGCCAAAGCCAAAGUCUAAUAUGGCCGACCCAACCCCCAUUGCCAGCGCAAGGCACCGGUGAUGCCAGUCUGGACAAUGCAAGGGCCGAGUUUGCUACAAUGAGUACGGAGCAGAGGAGACAAAGACGAGAGCAGGUAGAAGGCGCGGAUGAUAUCCUAGAUAUGGAUCUUGGGUGAGUAGCUGAGAAAAGGAAGUUUCUUUAACAAUGAUUUGACUUUUUUGAUAGUGACGAGUCGGAUGACUCUGAUCCCGAUUACCGGGAAUUUGGUAGAGGUAUUCGCAAAAUGCAGGAUGAUGUUCGCCAGGCUAGACAUCUAGAGAGUGAUUCAGAUGAAUCCGAUGAGGGUCCGAUGAGCCGUAAAACCAAAGGAAAACGACGCGGCGCCCGAGGCGGUAAAGGUCGUAAGGCUGGUAUCAGAGGUCCUCGGAAAGCUGCGGAGCCAACUGGUGACAUCAAGCUGCGUUUGGGUCAAGCUAAUCAAGCAUUUUUGAACGGACGUUGCGAAGAGGCUAGAGAUAUAGCUUCAGAAAUCAUUCGGAUUAACGCAGAGACUUAUGAAGCAUGGACUUUACUAUCCGCAUGCUUCAAGGAAUUGGGCGAAUACAACUCGGCUGUCAAGGCUCUGAUGAUUGCUGCCACCUGGAGGCCAAAGCAUCCUGGACCUUGGUAUGCCGCUUUAUACUUUGCUUUGAAUGAGACAGGCGAUCUAAGAUCGGAGUUCCUUAUAUCUGCACAAUACGCUGCACAACAGAUACUCAGAGCAAAUUCACAAGAUCUGGAAGCUCGAAGAAUCAAAGCUUCCAUUAUGCUUGAGCGAAGAAACCUCAAUCAUGCGGCCAGGGAAUAUGAGAUCAUUCUCAAGCGUGUUCCUUUUGAUACCGAAGUCGUUCAGACGUUAGCGUCAAUUUACGUUGAUCUAGGGCAGAUAGAAGUCGCCAUGAAACUUUACAUCAAAACCAUCAAUAAGUUCAAAAAAGCUGAUGUAGAAACAGACACAGUCUUUGGUUGGACAGACGCCUAUGCUUACGUCGAACUGUUCGGUCUCUUGGGAAAAUACAACGAUGGUAUUAAAGAACUCAGGUCAGUAGCUCGUUGGUUAGUUGGAAGGAGGGAAGAGGACUUCUGGGAUGAAUUCAUCAAUGAUGAUCGAGAAUGGGACGACGACAACGUCAGAAGAUCUGAAUGUCCUCAAUUUGAUGCCAACAGAUACCCCGUAGACGCAUAUGGUCCAGGACUCCCUGUCGAGUUACGAAUCAAAAUUGGGCUAUAUCGCUUGUCCCUCGGUCAUUAUAUGGAAGCUUUGGUAAGCCAGAUCACCACUACACAUUAGGAAGUGUUACUAACAAGCCCAGCGCCAUUUUAACUAUCUCAAAACCUCGGAUUACAAUGGUCAAGGCCUUAUUGAGGAGUUUCCUCAACUGUUUGAGGAGGUCGCGGAUAAUUUAGCUCGAAAAGGUCAUAAUAAGGAUGCCUUGGAUUACUAUCUGCCUUUAGCACCAGGCGCUGGUGCCGAGGGUGCCUCGCUCCAACUCAAGAUGGGUAACUGUUGGCUUGCUGAGAAAGUCGACCAAGAGGCCGAACUCUGUUUUCAAAAUGCAGUACAAAUGGAAGAGGAUAACAUCCCAGCAAGAAUGGAGCUCGCUAGAUUGUACGAAAGACUAAACGAGAAGGAACAGUCAUUCAUGUAUGUGAAUGAAAUUAUCGCAAUUCGACGAACGCAACGCCAAAUUGAAGAUCCAGAAGGUGUACCAAAGUCCCUCGAUACUGCAGCUUCCAAAAAGCCGCGCAGCAAACAAACUUCGUUUGCAUCAACUCGAAGACCACAGUCCCGUUAUGUGCCUCGCAGGCUUCUUCACCCAGCAGAGAGAUUAAAGGAAGAAGCCGCGAGAGCAGAGCAUCUACAGAGCCAGUACUCUAUCAUGAAAAUGGAGCUAGAACGGAUGAGAGCCGGGGAUGAAAUGGCUACUUUGAAGUGGAUGGAGGCUGCUGAAGAUCUUAUAGAUGAUUUUAGAGGGUUCAAAGCCUUCUAUCCUUGGGAUAAAUAUGUCAAAUUUUUAGGUUACAGCAACGACGAUAAAUUUCAGGCCGAGACAAAAUUAGAGACUGAUCUGACCGAGAUGGCUGAUCGAUUAUCAAAAAGUCAGUUAUACUCCUAAUACAUGGCUACCUAAAGUACUGACACAUUUAGAACUCGGAGCGGAUGCUGAGGACAAGACGAGUGCUACGUCUGCUAGCAUACCAGCUGAUUAUCGUGGCAUCUCCUUCAGCUCCUGGUUGGAUAUCUUCCUCGAAUAUGCAAUAUGUCUCGCUAAAGAGGGGAAUGACAGAGAAUCAUAUGAAAUUUGUGAAUCGGCCAGGGACGCAAUUGUCUUCUAUCAUAAGCGCGAGGAUAUGUUUUUGAUCCAUGUGUGCUGGGGUAGUGAGUUCAUCUUUCUCUCGAGUGAUUAAUACUCUGCUAAUUAUUAUAAAGCUUGUGCUUUACUAUGUAACGACGAGGAGAUGUGUAUCAGGGUGGCAAGAUAUUUCAUGAGAGAAUAUCAAUUCACCACCGACUCUUAUAGAAUGUACGCAGCCAUAGCUAGGUUGUGUCAGUCUCCGGUCUCGUGGUAUUGUUCAGGUCCUGAACAAAAGUAUAUGCUUCGUCAAGUCAAGGCCAUGGAUUUUAAUCUUGUCGACAAAAGUCGUCGAGAAAAAGGCUAUGCGGAGAAAGCUGGCUACACGUCUCAGGACAAGAAUGGGAAACCAAUCCUCAAUGACGACAUGGACGUCGCUCUCCUCAUGUUAUACGGACAUAUUCUUUACUCAGGAACAAGCUAUGCCUAUUCUCUAAGUAUUUCAAACCAAGCCACCAUAUUAAAUAAAUCAUUUCGCUGACGAAAAGUAUCAUAGACUAUUUUCUGAGAGCUUAUGCACUCGACCCGAAUAAUGCUAUAAUUAACUUGAACAUAGGCCUUGCUUAUGUUCAUCAUUCUCUCAAGAGACAAGCAGAUAACAGGCAAUUCAUGAUCCUUCAAGGUCUAACAUUUCUUUUUGAUUACUACAACUCACGUAAACAGUCAGCGGCUGUUGAGGAGCGUCAGGAGGCGCAUUACAAUUUGGCUAGAGUUUAUCAUAUGCUUGGUGUCUCGCACCUUGCAAUAAAAUACUACCUUCGUGUUCUCAACGAGGCCAAAGAUCAUGAAAGCACACGAGAAGAUAUCACGAUUGAUACUGCCCACAAUCUAAAAAUCCUUUGCAUGAUCACAGGUAAUAGGAAAUUGGCAAAUGUCAUAGCUAGACAGUGGCUUGUAAUUUAGCCGAUCCCUUUUUGCAAAUCGUCCCAAUGAACGGCGUGAAAGAGGACAGGGCGGGGGAGGGGCGAAUUAAGUAAUUUGAGUUUGUUCUUAACUGAAAGCUAAGAAUUUCGCAGUAAAGUAUGUCGAUCAUGAAAAGUCAAAUCAGGUGGAAGGCACUAUUAUAGUGGCCGCAGUGACCCUUCUUGAACUAGAUGCGCGAAGUGGGUUAUCCGGUUGAUCGGAGAGUACUAAAACGGCUCGCGAGUCGAAGCCACUUACAAAAAUCAGCGCAAACCCCACCACCGGUAACAAAUUAAAAAACAGUUACAAGCUGGUGGCGGAGUCUCUUGAAAGUGCAGAGUACUUCCCGAAACGUUGCUCAGACGUAGAAUUUGAAUCAGUAAUUCCGCUCCCACCACCAUUAUU